CGCUUCAUUGGCAUUAUGGCAUUAUUGUGCAAAAUGGCGGACUUUCUUGGGUGCGUUCUUGUGCAGUUGUUGUGCCGAUGAGCGCUUUACAGGCUCAUUAGGCGGUUAACGCAGGUUGUGGCCGACCAGAGUGUCCGUGCGCAACAUCUUGUUUUGGCGUGUGAAGUGUUUUCUUGUAUCCCCGGCGCUGGAAACGCUAGUUGAAGCGUCGCCGCUGUUGUUACCCGCCAUGCCGCUGCGGUACUCGGGACUCGUCUGCCACGCAAGCCUUUGAAAACGGCGCUUAAGCACAUGCCCGAACUUCGUGUGCAAGAACUUGUCUAGUCAUCUUUGAACUACCGUUGCGCUGAAGGAGCCAUGCAGGUGAUCCAGACGCAGCCGAUGACUCCCUCCCGCUUCCAGUACGGGGGCGGGGGUGGCCCCAAGUAUGGGGGUGGUGGCGGAUACGGGGGCCGUGGGGGCGGUGGCAACUUCCGCCAGGGGCUGGCUCAGAUGCAGAGCAUUGAGUUCGAUGGGAAGCGGCUCCGCAAGGCUGUAGCCCGCAAGACGGUCGACUACAACACUGCCGUCAUCGAGUACCUCGAGAACCGUGUGUGGCAGCGUGAUUACCGGGAUGCCAGGGCACUGCAGCCAGACUCCGGCUAUUACACACGGCUGGUACCUCCCCUGGCCAUGGUGUCGAACCCCAUCAAUGCGGUCACCACAAAGUUUGUCCGCACGUCGACCAACAAGAUGCGCUGCCCCAUCUUCUGCGUCGUGUGGACCCCCGAGGGGCGGCGUCUCAUCACGGGGGCGUCGAGCGGAGAGUUCACCCUGUGGAACGGACUCACCUUCAACUUCGAGACCAUCCUCCAGGCGCACGACUCGUCGGUGCGCUGCAUGGUGUGGAGCCACAACGACACCUGGAUGGUGACGGGAGAUCACUCGGGCUACGUCAAGUACUGGCAGUCCAACAUGAACAACGUGAAGAUGUUCCAGGGCCACAAGGAGGCCAUCCGAGGCAUCAGUUUUUGCCCCACGGACACAAAAUUUACGACUUGUUCCGACGACGGAACCGUGCGUGUCUGGGACUUCCUCCGCUGCUUCGAGGAGAAGAUCCUCCGAGGUCACGGCGCGGACGUCAAGUGCGUGGACUGGCACCCACAGAAGUCGCUCAUCGUGUCCGGCAGCAAGGACAGCCAGCAGCCCAUCAAGCUGUGGGAUCCAAAGUCGGGACAGAGCCUGGCCACCAUCCACGCGCACAAAAGCACAGUAAUGGAGGUGAAGUGGAACCGCAACGGCAACUGGCUGCUGACGGCAUCGAGGGACCACCUGCUGAAGCUGUUUGACAUCCGCAAGAUGAACCAAGAGAUGCAGACUUUCAGGGGGCACAAGAAGGAGGCCUGCAGCCUGGCAUGGCAUCCGAUUCACGAGUGCCUGUUUGCCAGCGGCGGUUCCGACGGCGCUGUCAUGUUCUGGAUGGCUGGGGCCGACAAGGAAGUGGGGGCCAUGGAGAAUGCACACGACUCGUGCGUAUGGUCCCUGGCCUGGCACCCCCUGGGACACAUCCUCUGCUCUGGGUCCAAUGACCACACCAGUAAAUUCUGGACGAGAAACCGGCCGGGAGACAAGAUGCGGGACAAGUACAACCUCAACACGUUGCCCAGGGGACUGGACGACACUGGCGAAUACGACGAACCAGCCACAACCCCAGCGUCUGCUACGCCCAACAUACCGGGCAUGGGCCUGGAGCAGGCUACCCUGGACAUGGUGCGCGCUGUCCACGAUCUGCAAAACCCGGUGCCGCCGCCCCUGGGUCCCCCCAAGAAAAAGGAGCGCCCUGAGCUGCCCAUCCCGGGGCUGGACUUUGGGGACGAAGGCCAGGAGGGCCGGCACGGGGGCCACAAGCGCACCCCGUUCUCCAAGCCCAUCCCGAAGCACUUCCAGCAGCAGUGGAUGGAGAACAAGCAGCCGCUCCUGCUCGCACCGCCACAGGACCAGGGGGAGGUGGAGAUCCCUCCUGGCGGCCCCAACCUGAGCCAGCCACCUCCCAACCUGAGCCAGCCUCCCCCGCCCAUGAUGGCCCCGCCCGUGGGCAUGCCCAUGGGGGUGCCCAUGGGGGUGCCCCCUCCCCCUGGGGGCUUUCAGGGUGCCCCGCAGCAGCAGGGAGGGGGGGCCAUGGUGGGACCCAACACUGCGGUGCCGCCGCCAGUGAUGAUGUUCCCCUUCGGAGGUGCACCGGGAGGCCAGGAGGCACCCAACGGACCGAUGGGCGGCAUGGGCGUGCCGUUCCAUCCCCAGGGCAUGGUCCCCAUGGGGAUGCCUGGGCAGGACCAGGGGGCCCAGUUCCUGGCCCACGCUCCCCCUCCCCAGAUGGGGCCGGCCGGCAUGGGACAGCAGCAGCAGGGGGGCGGAGAGUGGCGCAGCAUGGCCGACCCCGGAAACAACGCCAACAACCUCCACAGGCAGCAGCAGCAGUUCCAGCAGCCUCAAGGGGAUGGGGGUGGCGCACCCAACGACGGUGGCUUCUACCAGCACCAGCCGCAGCAGCAGCAGAUGUGGAGAGGGGGCGGAGCCGGGGGCAGCCCCCUGAAGAGGGGCGCACAGAACAACAGCGGCAACAACAACAGCAACAACAACAGCCAGGGCUGGUUCCAGGGAGACAGCACACCCUCCGGGCAGGACGGCGGCGGCGGGGGGGGCCACAAGCGCCCCUGGGAAGGGGGCCAGGACUCUGGGGGGGGCGGCCCCGACUCCAAGAUGCAGAGGGGGGGCUGGGGAGGGGGCAUGCAUUCACCUGAUGAAUGUAAGCCCGCAAAAGCCACGUGGAAAUUUUGCCACAAAAAGGGACACCUCGAAGAAGCAUGUUUCAAGUGCAAAGCUCAACACAAGGCGCAAGAACGCUCGCCAAGUCACACCCAUCAGUUGACAGCUACGCAAGAUGAGAUGGAUGGAGACCUCUUUGCUGCGAACAGCGUCACUCAAGGGGACACAUCUUGA